UCUGCCAAUCUUCUUAAAACCCUAACCCUAAAGAUAAAUCCCUCAAAACAAAUCAAAUCCAAAAGAACAAAGAAAAGGAAGUUAAAACUUGAACGAAGAUGCCGAACCUUGAAUGUCGUAUGUACGAAGCGAAGUACCCUGAGGUGGAUAUGGCGGUGAUGAUACAAGUGAAGAAUAUUGCCGACAUGGGUGCCUAUGUUUCUCUCCUCGAGUACAACAACAUCGAAGGUAUGAUCUUGUUCUCGGAGCUCUCCCGCCGUCGGAUUCGUAGCGUUAGCAGUCUAAUCAAAGUGGGCAGAACAGAGCCCGUGAUGGUCCUACGUGUCGAUAAGGAAAAGGGUUACAUUGAUUUGAGUAAAAGGAGAGUUAGCGAAGAAGAUAUUCAGGUUUGCGAAGAAAGGUAUAACAAGAGUAAGCUUGUUCACUCUAUUAUGCGACAUGUGGCCGAGACGUUGGAUAUUGAUUUGGAGGAGUUGUACAUUAAAAUCGGUUGGCCACUAUACCGGAAAUAUGGGCAUGCUUUUGAAGCAUUCAAAAUCAUUGUGACUGAUCCUGAUUCAGUCUUGAACGCCCUCACCUGCGAAGUCAAAAAAUCUGGCCCAGAUGGACAGGAGGUGACUGAGGUGGUUCCUGCCGUAACUGAGGAAGUCAAAGAUGCUUUGGUAAAAAACAUUAGGAGAAGAAUGACUCCACAACCUCUGAAGAUUCGGGCUGACAUUGAAAUGAAAUGUUUCCAGUUUGAUGGUGUUCUUCACAUUAAGGAGGCCAUGCGCAAAGCUGAGGCAGCUGGGAAUGAAGAUUGCCCUAUUAAAAUCAAGCUUGUUGCUCCUCCACUUUAUGUUCUUACCACUCAAACCCUUGACAAGGAUCAAGGUAUAGCUACUCUCACUAAAGCAAUUACAGUUUGCACCGAAGCUAUAGAGUAUCACAAGGGAAAACUUAUUGUCAAGGAACAACCUAGAGCAGUGAGCGAACGAGAUGAUAAAUUGCUUGCCGAGCACAUGGCUAAGUUGCGUAAUGAUAAUGAAGAGGUAAGUGGUGAUGAAGAUAGCGAAGAAGAGGAAGACACGGGCAUGGGCGAAGUUGAUGUUGAAAAUUCAGGUCAGGGAAUAAUGGAAUGAUGCUGCAGCGGCGGCGAUAAUGAACAUGAUUGGUUCACCCUUUUCUUACCAAAACCCCUUUUUUUGUCCCCUUUUUCCAGGAAGUUGAAAACCUCUUUAAAAGUAUGGUCAUGUUGAGUUAUUUUGCUAAUAUUGGAUUUUAAUGGAGAGUAUACAGAUGUAUUCAAAAUCUUUGAAGGUGGGCUUGUUCAAUU